AUGAGAAAGCUUAUAUUUUUGUCAGCCGUUUUCCCAUUCAUUUUUUUGCAUUCAUUUUUCAGCUGUUUCCCAAUAUUGACUAUAUUUUUCGAAAACGGGCGGACAAGUUUGCAAUGGAAGAGUGGAAUAUCGCGUCUUAUGGAAAGGCUAUAAAUUUGGUUUUGUUUUCUUGUUUUUUAGGGGAUUAUUAAAUUUUUAAAUGGAAUUUAGGGAAAUUAGUAUCUUGGUCAAGAACGAGCAAGUGGCUAGUGUUUGAAGAAGGUCACAACCCUGUAAAGAGAUUUCAAACGUAUUUUUGAAAAUUGGGGUAUUGGUCAAAAACUGUCAAAAUUUCUAGUUUUUCGAGCCAAUUUAGAACUGUCCACCGGUCCUACCCCCUCCCCUUCCCAUGAAUUUUCUUUAAAAAUUUUGCUUAUUUUUAGCGUCAUUGUACUAAAGCUAUUGAAAAAUACGAACAAUAUCAAGCUUUCAUUCAAAAAAAGCUUCGAA